AAAGUUAUUAUUAUCACGGUAGCUGGCAACUUGCGACGAAUUUUCAUUUAUAUAAAGGGCACCUCCUCACGGCUGAUGCACAGUUUGAUCGCUAACUUUGUGAAGGACGAAACUUCAAGUUUCUUCAAACAUUCAUCUGGAUAUUUUAGCUCGGGUAUCAACAAACAAGAUGGUCAAGAAAGGGUUGCCAACGACUAUGUUCUGCGUCGUUUUGUUGGUCAUCAUUGGCACGUCAGUAGCCAGUCCAUCCCACUCUAUACGCUGUGAACGAGGCUGCGGGUUUAAUUUAGAUUUCGUCUGUGGCAGCGAUGGAGAGAACUAUGCUAAUCCCUGCGUCUUCGGAAUUGAACAAUGUCGUAAUCCUCGCCUGAGGGAACGAUGUAAAGGAAGAUGUGAGGAAUGUUUAAACGGAUGAAGUCGUUAGCCCUACGCCCUUCUUCAGCCUGUUCGUGACCUUCAGCAGUAGCCUCUCUAUCAGGUGACUGAUAAGCGGCGAACAGGUCGGCAACAGUAUAGCCAACAAAGAAGACUUUU